CAUAAAAAAGAUGCAUAUAUCAGCAUUUUACGGCGAUUUAUACCGAAUAUAUUUCCCAAGGUACUCUCAUCCAUGGCACGAGUAUUCGAGCUUAUGACGGAGGAAAUACAUGCCAGAUAUGUACAGCAAGGCGAGCAAGGGCUCGGGUUGGCACUCUCGGAGAGCAUAGCAGCAAUCGAUCGACUUGGAAACUACUGCUUCACUGGCGAUCCACACGUGCUGCCACGCAAGGUCUUUGGAUUGACAGGCACAUUGGAGGCACUAAGCAAGGGCGGGUGGCCAUAUAUCAACCCUGAUAUACUAGAUAUGCGGCCCGAAGCAGGAAGACUGCAUCUUGGGCAGUGGCCGAAGAUGAACAGUGGAAAACCGCUGCUUAUGCAUGCUGCAUCGCUUGCGUUCCACUACGGCGAAGAAGUAGCAAGCAAUCGGCAUAGUCAGCUUUGGUUUUCAUGUAUGGGCGGUAUCAGCAUUGGCAGCUUGUCGGAGCUAAACGAAUUUCUAAGCCAGCUAUUCGAAGACAUACUUAUACCCGAGAUGCGCGCAUUUACGCUGCAUCAGAUACGGCGGUGGAUGACGCGAGAGGCUCGAGCUGGGCAUUUGCAGGUAACGCCACGAAUGGCAAAGACGAUUGAGGAAUGGCAGCAAUCAAUAGCGCCGUUUAAACAAGAACAUUUGGAUCGACUAGUGAGUCGAAAGCUGUUGCUCUACAACACAGCGCAGGGAAAGACACGACCGACCCGAUCUAUAGUACGAGCCGAUUUCAGCAGCGAGCUAUAUAAAGCGAUAAAGAGCAAGGAUAUAAGGGAACGAGCACGAUAUGCAUCCAUACAUGCAACAUGGCCAUCACUACUUCAAGCGGCAAUCAUACACACAGACGCUACUUCUAUUGAUGCUGCUACGUGGGCAGUAGGGAUCGAGACAGCAAUGGUCCGAGCACAAAUCGACUGGCUGCCGGGCCAAUAUCGGCAGCGACUAACCGUUCGAGAAGUCAAUACGCUAAUAGGGAAACCGAUAUGUAUUAAGAUAAAAAGCAAGAGUGGUAUGAAGCGGCAGGCAGCAGAGGAUUUGCUAUACAUAGAGCGGCGGAAGAUGCUUAAGAGCCAGAGAAUAACAUUUGGAACAAGCGUACCAUUUCGGCAGCUACCAGAUAUAGUGAAGGCUGGAUUUGACGAGCUUGAUAAUAUUUUUCGAAGUCGAGAGCAAGCAAUACGAGAACAUUAUGCGCUGGCACGGAUGACGCUCGAGCGUAGACUAGAUGAUCCGCUUACAUCACUACUGCUGAUGCUGGCAAUGACGCUAGGUUCGUCGACAGAGACGCCAUGUGUGGAGCAUACAGUUGCGAUUGAAGAGCAAUGUUUUGCUGUUGGGAAGCGACGAGAGCCUACGACGUUUACAGCAGCGCUUGCGACGCGGAUGAUGUGGUUUUUGGACAGAGAUGCAUUUCCAUGGUCAAAGGAGAGCUCUAUGAGAUGUAAAGCAAUGCCGAUUGCGGAGAUGACGACAAAAUUAGAACAUAGAGGUGUAAAUAAUCGGGUAAUUAAAGCACUAGGCUGGAUUACGACGAUUAAUAAGCGACCGACACCGCGUAAUAGCAAGUCAAUUCUACGAGAUCGGGAAGAGCUGGUUUGCUUAUACGAAGAGCUGCGGGGACUCAUGUUGAAGCCGGACAUGUAUAUGAGGCGGGUUUUUGGAAAAGAUGAGUUUAUGUGGAUGGAGCGGUGUGCUAGUAUGAUUGAAGAGUGGUAAAGAAUAAAGAGCAUUAUUAAUUAUUAAGCUGUAUUAUAUAUGUUUAAUAUAAAAGAGAAAUAGUAGCUAUUUUGUUAAAGAAAAGGAUAAUAGUAAAAAUAAAAGAUUAGAUCUAGGGUAGG